AAUUUACUUGCAGUAAAUGAGAGACAACAUGGAAGUAUUCUGUAUAUUCCACUAGCAUUAUCAAUUCGUAACCUUCAUGAAACUGUAGUAGAAAGAUUAAAAAAUACUUAUAGUGAUUCUUUACCUUCUAAUAUUAAUAUUCUAUCAGAUGAAUAG